GUCGAUUAGAGCACAUUUCAUAAAGCUAAACCAUGCAGAUCUUCGUUAAAACCCUCACGGGGAAGACUAUUACAUUAGAGGUUGAAGCCUCUGAUACUAUUGAAAAUGUUAAGGCGAAAAUUCAAGACAAGGAAGGUAUCCCUCCAGAUCAGCAAAGAUUGAUUUUCGCUGGCAAGCAAUUGGAAGAUGGUCGUACCUUAUCAGACUAUAACAUCCAGAAAGAAUCAACUCUUCACUUGGUUCUGAGACUUCGUGGAGGUACAAUUGAGCCUUCUCUUCGCAUCUUAGCCAUGAAGUACAACUGCGACAAGAUGAUUUGCCGCAAGUGUUAUGCUCGCCUUCAUCCCCGUGCUACAAACUGCCGUAAAACCAAGUGCGGCCACACUAACAACCUGCGCCCUAAGAAGAAGCUCAAGGAUUAGUUAAUUAAGAAUUUGUUACAAUGUAUAUCUAAUCCAAAAUUAAUAUGCAACUUAAAAUGUACACUAAAUAAAUAAAAAUGGAACACC